AUGAAAAAUAGUUCUUGGUUGCAGCCAUUUCGCAGCUUCGCAGCUUUCUCAGCUUUUUCGCAUCUCACUUUACAAUCAACCAUGCUAAAACGACCUGCUAGGCUCCAAGUGGACCCCGAAACCAUUACAGAUGACGAUAAACCGCCUCAAACUGGUACAGUGUUCAAUAUCUGGUAUCUCAAAUGGUCUGGAGGCGAUAACACUAGAAAUCUCAUCAAACUGAAAUUUCGAGUCAACAUCAAAAAUGACACUGGAUACACCAAGGCUGGUACCAAUAGCCCAAUAUGCUUAUUUUUCGCUCGUGGUUGCUGUUACCAGGGCCGCAAGUGCAAUUAUGCCCAUAGAAUACCGACAGACUUGGACUACUAUCCUCCCACUCAAGACUGUUUUGGCCGCGAUAAAACCGCCGAUUACAAAGACGAUAUGACUGGAGUGGGUUCAUUCAACAAAAUCAACCGAACAUUGUAUGUAGCCGGCAUCCAUACUACCAAAAAUGUCGAGCUGGUACUCACAAGACAUUUUGAAGAAUUUGGAGCCAUUGAAAAAAUUAAUGUUCUUCACGGCAAGGCAUGUGCUUUCAUCACAUACAAAUUGGAAUCAGCAGCGCAGUUUGCAAAAGAAGCAAUGCUCAACCAGUCGCUUGAUCAUGAAGAGAUCUUAGAUGUAAGGUGGGCUCGACCAGAUCCUAAUCCAGAUGCUCAAAAGAAAGAGAAAAGACGAUUAGAAGAAUUAGCAGUUAAUACGGUCCAAAACUUGUUGAAGGAAACGACACACAAGAGACAGAAACCUAGCGAGCCGGAAAUCAUAGAACCAGAGGAACCAGAGGAACCAACUAAUGAACCUGAACCACAGCAACGACUCUUAGAAUCAAAACCUUCAUCUUUUUUUGGAAGUUCUAUAAUUGUCCCUACAAAAAAAUCCACAAAUCUACUUAGUGGAUAUUCCAGCGAUGAUGACGACUAG